AUGAUCAACUUUUUCAUCAUCCUUGUUUUUUUCAUUUCAGAUGAUUACGGAUUCAUGGAAACUACAUCUCAAUCACUCCACGCCCCAUUGACAUCACUGAUUGCGCGAUUGGAUAGCAGCCACACAGACUCAAGUGAUUACUUCAGCUCCGGCGUUUAUGAACUUACGGACGACGAGGAGCCAAGCUGUGUCCGUUCGCUUGGAUAUCAAAAACCAAAGCACAUGUGGAUGGCGAAAGAUAAGGUUCUAACUAGUAGCCUUAACUCCUCUAGUCCCUCUGUUGCCUCUCCCACCGUCGAGAUGUGCAAUUCGCUUUGUGUUACUGGUUCUACUUGUUCUGCGGUUUGCGUCACUGCAACAUCUAGCAACGUUUCACCCCUGCCAACUCUUCUAAUCGAUUCGCCUUCGCCUCCAGCCGAUUUGUCUAUUUCUCCAGCUGUCCCUCACAACGCACACGGUCUUUCCAUUCUUCCAUCUGCCAAAAAUACCGAUGACAGCUCUUGCAUCCCUACGCCACCAGCUGAAGCCAAUGCACGUGAUCCCACUGUAUGCGCCAGUUCCAACUUGAUCAAUGGCUCCUUGACGCAGUUGUCAACUGCAGUUACUGUGGACGAAACAAUCCAACAGGCAAUUGUCAAACCGAAAGGGAGAAGUAACCGCACUACAAAGUCGAAGCGCACUUCUGUGACAACUCCUUCGGAACGUCCUCAUAAAACGAAUCGUAGACGAUCAAUUGUUACCGGAUUAGCUAAUGUGCUUUCAACCCCUGCUUCUUCAUCGAACAAUGAGGAUAAUGACAACGCAUCACUCCACUCUAAACCCGUCCAUUCUCGUCGAAAACGGUUAACACGUAUUAAUCAUUCCAAUACUGUUCGCAAAGACCGGCGAAAUUUCUCUAAAAGGCGGCUCACCUUAACUCUUCCUCUUUCUCUACUCGGUCAACCACCCGUUUCCGACUCGGCAUCUGGCAGUCCUCAGUCUGAUUCAAGUUCCCAUAAUGACCCAAAUUCCCCGAGAUCGACAGUACACACGACGGUUAAUCAAUCGAAAACCAUCAAUUGUGAGCUACCGAUUGUUUCUGGUGGUUUAAAGAUCCGGCUUCGUCGCGAUUCUGCCCCUUCGGACGUCUCAUCAAAACGCAAUAAACGGUGCAGAAGUAAGACCGAUAUUUCUUUUCGCAUAGUUGAGUCUUGGUGCGAUACAGACGCUCCCGGCGGUGAUUAUUCCCGAAGAGCCCGAGCUGCUGUUUCUUCAUCCUCUUCGCCAUCGUUUACCCCAUUAAACGGGAGCAUUCGCGUCGGCGACAUCGUUUGGGCGAAGUUGGCAGGGUAUCCUUACUGGCCGUCCAGAGUGAGUGCGAUAUGGGCUAGAACAGCCCACCAGUUAUCGCAAGCUAUUUUGUUCCCAUCGCAACAGUUGGAUGCCUCUUCACUCUCAGUUCUUGCCACUCCGUCAGAUCCAGCACUCGCUGCGGGAUACACUGCUAAAGUGGAUUGGUUGGCUUGGGAUCAGUGCUCUUAUCUCAGUUGUGCCAAGCUGUAUCCGUUCAAGGAGACCUAUGAUAAAAUGUAUAACCCACGUACCCGAGUCAAAGGCUAUGCUGAAGCGGUGCGGUUAGCAAAGCGGUUCGCAAGUGAAUCUCAACCAGCACUCGACAGCACUGAAUCACAUCUUGUGGAAAUGUCACCGUCAAUCAAGCCAGGCUCAGCGCAUGUUUCUGCUCCUCCAAGCGCUGAUAGCCAAUGGUCCACAGCCAAUACGCUUACAUGUUCUACUGAGCCACCGUCUUCAUUUGUUAGCAAUCCCCCCUCUAGAGAUACCAUCGAGAAAGACAUGUCAGUUGCUUCUGACCCGGCGAGUGCCCCAACAACCCAAGUUGAAGAAAAAGAUCCUUUUUUAGAGUGUCGAUCACAUUCGCCUGAGCCGGCCAGCACAUUGGGACCAGAGAGCGAAACAUUCGACUUGUCUGUGGUUGGUGAUCCAUCUAACUGGGCUCCUCUGCCGCAGUUGGAUGUAGCAGGUCUUGGUGAUUUUGUGACGCAUAUACCGACAUUUUCCGAAGACGAGGAUGAGAUUGAAUCUGUGACCAGUCAGUUGCGAAUUGACUUCGGUUCUUACGUAUGA